AUGGCAAGACGAUCCAGCGAUGGAACCAUUGCCUUCUUCCUUGCCGUUACUCCCAUCCUCACUACUAGUCCCGGUUAUCCCAAUCCCGCUCAGAUUCAUCUUGCCUCGAAAUAUGGCAGGUCAAGCGGACAUGAGGUAAACACAACAAGUAUUAUCACAGCCACCAUCAUCGCUACCAAGCUCCCUCGCUGUUACUGAAAAAAGAAGAGAGAGACGAAAUUAGCAGGAGAAACUCCAAACAGAUAUCGGGAAAGAACUGCUCCAUCCAAGUGUUCGAAGUGUGGCCAACCUAGAAAUGAAAACCACAAACAAUAUUACGGCAACUAGCAUUGUCUUAGGAUGGAACAAUCGUAUUAAUAAUGGAGGAAGUUUUUGAAAUUUUAAGAAAAUAUGUUGAAAGUGGAAAAGGGAAAAUAAGCGAUUAAUAAGCAAUUUUGCUGUGGUAUGUCAAUCAAUCUUGCAUCAGUAUUUGUUAACAGACUUUGUUUUGUGCGGGUUUUUUUACAAUACUUAUAAUACUCCCUGUCGAAGUAAUGUGUCAAACUGCGCUUCCAAACUGGGAUGAAAACUCUUCGGGAGGGGUUAGUGUAACAGAUUUUUAUACACAGGUCCUUGACAAAUAUAUACAAAUGAAUAUUAUCUACAUACUUAUUAUUAGACUUGGAUCAAGUCACGUAGCUCAAGUCUGUACAAAAAGCAAAAAAAUACAUUCCAAAAGGGGGAAGAAGUAAUUUUUCACGGAUUCAAUUUCCGAAGAUUCAAAAUGACGCGCACACCGACUCCGGUAUGAUUGAUGUCAUUGGUCAGCACCACUGCGCUGUAACCGCUGUUUAGGAAACAGAAAUUGAAGACCACACAAUCUUUUCAGUGGAAGAGGUAGCCGAGGAAACACCUAAUCUCGAACAACUGGGUGAUUGAACUCUAGUCAAUCUUACGACAAAAAAGCGGUGACAUUUUCACACCGUCAUCGGAGAAAGUUGACACAGGGAAGAUUCAAGUCGUCCAAAUCUUCAACCGUUACUGGUGUUUGAUAGUACUAAAAGGUGAGAAAUUAGAUGGGAAUAAUUUCAUAUCCCUUGAAUUUCCUUCUCAACAUUACCGUUUGUCUACUUUUAAGAUGUUUCCUGGGUCAAAACAGUGGGUCAGCAAAUCUACCAGACUGUAACCGUUACAUGGAGUCGCUGUUUAUCAUGCUUUGUCAAAAGUACCCCUCCAACGUGAAGAAGAAUGGUAAAACGAUCCUUCGCUGGACCCUGGUUGGUCAAGCCUACAGAAAAAUUAGAAAUGUGAUCUUGACUAACCAAUUGGUAAAGGAGAAAACCACUAUCCAGCUAGUAGAGAUCAACCAAGCGACACUAUAACAAGAUGGUAUGUAAUAAUACCCAGAUAUUGUAGGCACAUAGGUUUAUAAACGUGAGAGUAUAAUGUUGAUUAUGUUGUUAUCGUUUCUUUCUUAAUAGGCACAACGAUCGUUCCAGGCAGCAAGAGAGGGAAGUGCUUGUUGGAACAAGGGCUGUCCACUAUCGAAGCCACAGUAACAACGUCUGAGCCACUACUUGCCGUUGUACCCCUACAUCCGACCCUGCUUCCCGUUCCAACCAUCCGAUCCCCUCACCAGUUCAUCCUACCCCAAACCACAAUCGAUCAGGCACGUACACGCUCACAACAGAUUCAACCACAUAUACCACAUACACCACAGAUACCCCGAUUCAUGAUUCCACCUUGA